AGAGGUUUGCGUCUCCAUCUGUUGAUGGGCUUUCGGGGAGCUCUGGGCUCUGCCAGAGAAAGCUCAUUUAGAAGACCUACGACGCCGGUCCCGGCCGCUCCCCCGGGGUCCCCGAGCCCCACCAGGGCGAAGGAGGGCGGAGGGGAAUAGACCGCAGGCGCGCGGGGAGCAGAGCAGCGGCUCCCGGAGCAGAAGACGCAGCAGGGACCCCCGCAGAGCCCCCCGCGGUGCCUCGCCAGUCCGGCUUGGCCAUGGGGCUGUCGCGGUGGUCGGUGGGCAGCGCCGGGAGUCUGUGCUGGUAGCUGCCCGGGUGUCGGCGUCUGCAGCCGGGGCGCUCCGCUCGCAGCCGGCGGGGUGUGCGGUGCAAGCGCAGCUCCGGAGACUAGGGGUGCAGCAGCCGGCGCGCUUAGCGGGGUCCACAACCGGGGACCCCGGGACGCAGCGGGCAGAGCCAUGACCGACGCCAGCAACGCCAGCAACAGGAAGGAGGGCUUCAAGAAGUGCAGGAGCGCCACUUUCAGCAUCGAUGGCUACAGCUUCACCAUCGUUGCCAAUGAAGCCGGAGACAAGAAUGCUAGACCACUUGCCCGCUUCUCUCGGUCUAAGUCACAGAACUGCCUGUGGAAUUCCCUCAUCGACGGGCUCACUGGAAAUGUCAAGGAGAAGCCACGGCCAACAAUUGUGCAUGACCCCCGACCCCCAGAGGAAAUCCUAGCAGAUGAAUUGCCACAGCUGGAUAGCCCAGAAGCUUUGGUGAAGACAUCCUUCAGGUUACGGUCUUUGGUCAAGCAGUUAGAGAGAGGAGAAGCUUCCGUGGUAGAUCUUAAGAAGAAUUUGGAGUAUGCAGCCACAGUGCUCGAAUCUGUAUAUAUUGAUGAAACAAGGCGACUUCUGGAUACAGAGGAUGAACUCAGUGACAUUCAGUCUGAUGCUGUGCCUUCUGAGGUCCGAGACUGGUUGGCCUCCACCUUCACCCGGCAGAUGGGGAUGAUGCUCAGAAGGAGUGAGGAGAAGCCCAGGUUCAAGACCAUUGUCCAUGCAGUGCAGGCUGGAAUAUUUGUGGAGAGAAUGUAUAGACGGACAUCAAACAUGGUUGGAUUGAGCUACCCACCAGCUGUUAUUGAAGCAUUAAAGGAUGUGGACAAAUGGUCCUUUGAUGUCUUUUCACUCAAUGAGGCCAGCGGGGAUCAUGCAUUGAAAUUCAUUUUCUAUGAAUUACUCACACGCUAUGAUCUGAUCAGCCGUUUUAAGAUCCCCAUUUCUGCGCUUGUCUCAUUUGUGGAGGCCUUGGAAGUGGGAUACAGCAAGCAUAAAAAUCCUUACCACAACCUGAUGCAUGCCGCUGAUGUCACACAGACUGUACAUUACCUCCUCUAUAAGACGGGAGUGGCAAACUGGCUGACGGAGCUGGAGAUCUUUGCAAUAAUCUUCUCAGCUGCCAUCCAUGAUUACGAACAUACUGGAACCACCAACAAUUUCCACAUCCAGACACGGUCUGAUCCAGCUAUUCUGUACAACGAUAGAUCUGUACUGGAAAACCACCACUUGAGUGCAGCCUACCGCCUUCUACAGGAAGAUGAGGAGAUGAAUAUUUUGGUCAACCUCUCAAAGGAUGACUGGAGGGAGUUUCGAACCUUGGUCAUCGAGAUGGUGAUGGCUACGGAUAUGUCUUGUCAUUUCCAGCAAAUUAAAGCAAUGAAGACGGCCCUGCAGCAGCCUGAGGCAAUUGAAAAGCCAAAAGCCUUAUCUCUGAUGCUCCACACGGCAGACAUUAGCCAUCCUGCGAAGGCAUGGGACCUGCACCAUCGCUGGACCAUGUCACUCCUGGAGGAGUUCUUCAGACAGGGUGACCGAGAAGCAGAGCUAGGGCUGCCUUUUUCUCCUCUGUGUGACAGAAAGUCAACCAUGGUUGCUCAGUCACAAGUAGGUUUUAUUGACUUCAUUGUGGAGCCUACCUUCACUGUGCUCACGGACAUGACUGAAAAGAUUGUGAGUCCAUUAAUCGAUGAACCCUCCCAAACUGGUGGGACAGGACAGAGGCGCUCCAGUUUGAACAGCAUCAACUCAUCGGAUGUGAAACGUUCAGGUGUCAAGAGCUCUGGAUCAGAAGGAAGUGCCCCCAUCAACAAUUCUGUCAUCCCCAUUGACUAUAAGAGCUUUAAGGCCACUUGGACCGAGGUGGUGCACAUCAAUCGGGAGCUAUGGAGGGCCAAGGUACCCAAAGAGGAGAAGGCCAAGAAGGAAGCUGAGGAGAAGGCCCGCCUGGCUGCCGAGGAGAAGCAAAGGGAAACGGAAGCCAAAAGCCAAGCGGAAGACAGUGCAUCCGGCAAGGCUGAGAAAAAGGCGUCUGCGGAAGCCAAGAGUCAGGUCGACGGAGCGCGCACAAACAGAGGAGACAACCCUCGUGGGAAGAACCCUAAGGGCGAGAAGUCAGAAAAGCAGCAGAAUGGUGACUUGAAAGAAGGGAAAAAUAAGGCAGACAAGAAGGAUCACCCCAACGUCGGAAAUGAUUCAAAGAAAACAGAUGGUACCAAGAAGCGUUCUCACAACUCACCAGCCCCAAGCACUAGCUCCACAAGUCGCCUUACCUUGCCAGGAGACUAUGGAUAAAACCAUCCAGGAGCUUCAUUGGAAUGAGACAUGACCAUCUCCAAGGUCUGAAGACAUUAUAGAAAGCUUACAUUUCUAUUAUCCAAACAAAAUCUACAUGUUUUGUAAGUUACUGAGUAUUUAACUUCAAAAGUGAUGACUUUUGGGCUCCCUAACAUAGUUUUCUAAAAUUGUACUUUUAUGUGUAUUUCAAACUUUGGAUGUUUAUACAUCAGGGACAAUGCUAAGGUAUUAACAUGUACUAAACUUUUUAAUUCUCUGAGGGUGGUAAACGCAUCUCCAGGUCACAGAUUAGGAAGCUGAGGCAUGAGCUGAUUCCUGGCUUGCCCCUGUUAGCAGUGGCAAGCCUGUACUCUUUCUGGGAGAUUCAUUAUCAGCAAGACAAGACUGAAGCCAAAUACUCCACACCUGGAACUACGUUUUCCCACACUGGUAUCAACUGGAGAGUAGAUCAGUUUUCCGUCUAUGGAUUUAAAGCCCGUGGCUCCAGUGUGAAAGGGACCCUACACUGCCUUUCAAGUGAAGAUUCAAACCGUGUUCAAUCUGCAGCUGCCUUUCACCCCAAGUUCAGUGAGCUCUGGCAGUUGCCAUUAACUUCCUCUGGGUUGAAUCAAAACUUACUUUUUAUGCCUUGAUGUAGCACUCAAAGCUUACAACUCAAGAAAUUUCCCUUUAUAAGUUUCUGAAAUUAUUCAUCAUGGGUAAGAGGCAUACAGUUACUGAUUAGCCUUGCAUUUCCAAUCUUCCCACUCAUUUGAAAAAAUGUACAUUUUGAUGAGAAAGAUCGAGUGAAAGACUUAGCUCCAAAAUAUUUUUCUCCACUCACAGUGGAACAUGUACUUUGUGAGUUCUAAAACAAACAAGAUGAAAACAAACUGAAAUGAAAAUGAUCGGCUUCCUGAGGGAGGUGUUCUUACUUUUUCCCCCUUAAUGUCACAUUCUAUUUGAAGGCACCUGUUGUUUGAGUAAAAAAAGAGUUGACUUUCCAGCCUUAUUCAUUUGCUCCUCUCCUUCACUGGUGUGUCACUGGGAGGAGGCUGAAGACUACACCUCAGUGCCUUUCCAUCUUAGGAGACCUGUUGAUAGGAGCUGACAUUGUGGCAUCUGUGCAAAACAGCUGUGCUCAGGCCCCAGAUUGGAGAGGAAGUGGACUUGCUGACAUUCUUGGGCAAACACAGGCAGUGAAUCUAGGCAUGAAGAUGUUGGAAAAGUAAGGAAGAGAUGCUAGCUCCUUAGACACUGAUGGCUUUGCCAGCUGGUGCGCAUCUGAAGUGAGUCAUUUAUCAUUUCGUCUUCAGAUGGAACAUUUAUGAAGGUUAUCAUUGCCUGUAAUGUGGAGUAGGUUAUUCACUCAUUUCAAUAUUCUCGGCACCAGCUGUUAUCAGUGCUGUGAUUCAGAUCAGGAGACGCAAGUGUUUAUACACUUUGUACCUGUCCCAGGAAGUAGGCAUACAGGACUGAAUUGGUUUCGGGUAAAGUAUCUAAAGGACCAGAGAAUCUGCUUGAAGGUGACUCGAAGUAUGUCUAUGCCUCAGCCUAAGGGGUACAAGGAGUCUCAGGAGACAGAUGUGCUCUUGUCAUUUUCUCAGUGUUCUCUUAUUUACGUCUGGAUUAGAGGUCGGGGACUGGAGUGCUGUCUCCCUCGUCGGUUGUCUAAGCCAUACUUCCCACCGGAUCUCUAGAACUCUUUUGUACUCAUUUGCUCACAGUUAGGCCUUGCUCAAAGUCACUGAGCGACCCUCCAUCUUUUUAAUUGCCUAAUUCAGAAUGUGGGGUCCUGGUUUUUAUUAACUUUAUACAAUCUUCAAUCAGCUGGGAAGAGGGAACUUCAGUUGAAGAAUUUCCUUGAUUAGAUUGGCAUGUGGGCAUUACUAUGGGACAUUUCCUUGAUUGCUAAUUGAUGUAGGAUUGCCCAGUCCACUGUGGGAGGUACCAGCCCUGGGAAGGUAAUCCUAGGUGGUUUAAUCCAACUAGCUGAGCAUGAGCCAAGGGAACCAAACUGAUAAGCAGGGUUCUCUGUGGUUCCUACCUCUGCUCCUGUUUGAGCUCCUGCCCUGACUUCCCUCAGUGAUGGAUGGUGACCUGGAAGUAUGAGACAAGAUAAACCCUUUCCUUCCCAAGUUGCUUUUGGUCAUGGUGUUUAUCACAGCCACGGAGAUCAAACUAAGACAGUGGACUGGGUAUUAUUUGCUUAGAAUGCCCCUUGAUUUCAAGAAAGUGGUUUCCUUAGACAGCUAAGUGAUGCAGUUUCUGCCAAAUACAAAUAAAUUCAUUAC